AUGGAUCUUGUACUCACAGAUGUGUGGGGACAUUCUCUAGUGGCAUCUCUUGGUGGUUCUAGUUGCUGUAUAAAGGUUAUAACCAUUAAUGGGAUGUUUCCCGGGCCUCUCAUCAACGCAACCACCAAUGAUAAUAUCUACGUCAACAUCUUCAACAACUUGGACGAGCCUUUUCUUAUGACAUGGAAUGGAAUACAACAUAGGCUAAAUUCAUGGCAAGAUGGAGUCUCGGGAACCAAUUGCCCAAUCAUACCGGGGAACAAUUGGACUUAUGCUUUCCAGGUGAAAGAUCAGAUAGGCAGUUUCUUCUACUUCCCCUCCAUAAAAUUUCACAAGGCCGCUGGCGGCUUCGGUCCCAUCAGAGUUAACAACAGAGAUGUAAUCAGCGUGCCUUUUAACCAUCCUUCCGGCGAAUUCGACCUUCUCAUUGGAGAUUGGAGCUCCUCAUCUUUCAAGACCUAUAGGUUGAGGAUAUCUAAUGUUGGGACAAAAUUUAGUUUCAACUUUAGAAUUCAAAGUCAUCAAAUGACAUUGGUUGAAACAGAAGGCUCUUAUACCAAACAGAUGGGACUUGAUUCGCUAGAUGUUCAUGUUGGCCAAUCGUACUCUAUACUUCUUACUGCGAACCAAGCAGUGUCCGAUUACUUCAUUGUUGCCGCUCCCACACAAACUAGCAUAGAUACUAGUGAACUCACUGGAGUUGCCAUAGUUCGAUAUAAGGGCUCAACAACACAACCGAGAGGUCCAUUGCCCGUUGGUCCACUUCCCACAGAUCAAGAUUUCUCUGUCAAUCAAGCAAAAUCCAUCAGAUGGAACAUGACAGCAGGAGCGGCCAGACCAAACCCACAAGGCACCUUCACCGUAUCGAACGUGCCUCUCUCCCAAACAUUCAUUCUCCAUAGCUCUUUCGCAAUGUUCGGCAUACACAGCCAUUUUACCGUAAACAAUGUGGCCUACCUGACCCCAUCGACGCCGCUGAAGCUUGCCGAUUACCUCGCAAACGGCGCCGGAGUAUAUCAGCUGGACGCAUUUCCGGCGAACUCUACAAAUGACAGAGUGGUUCAGGGCACGUUUGUGGCAACAGGGAUUCACAAGGGUUGGGCUGAGAUUGUGUUUGUGAAUGAGCUUGGUGAGAUGAACUCCUGGCAUUUGGAUGGGUUUGGCUUCUAUGUUGUGGGGUUUGGCAAUGGAAAGUGGAGCCCUACUUCGAGAGAAACUUAUAACUUAUUCGAUCCAGUGGUUCGGUCGACUGUUCAGGUCUAUCCUCAGGGAUGGAGUGCAGUUUACGUUUAUCUGGACAACCCCGGUAUGUGGAACCUGCGAUCGCAGAUCCUGAGGAAUUGGUACUUGGGCCAAGAACUCUACGUUAGAGUAUUUGAUUCCGAUCCCAAUCCUGCCAAAGAACGGCCUCCACCUGCAAAUCUUCUUCAAUGUGGAAUUUUUGCAGCACCAGAACCAGCUUCAGCUCCGGUUUCCAUUUAA